AUGUUGCGCAAGUUCUCAUCCAAGAUCGCCGCUCAUCGCUCAGCUGAGUCGCCGAAGAACAGUCCGCAAUCCUCAUACCAACCCUCUCACUUCUCGACCCCAGCGCGAAAACCAUCGUUCCACGGCUCUCGCUACUCGGAACUGCCACCAUCGGGCCCCGUUCUAACGCCGCGCUCUUCGGACAGAGCACCAUACUCUGCCACCGCACCCGAUGGCACACCCUACUCCGCAACACAUACAUCGCACUCGUCCUCGCAACCUCCCCAAUCCCUCACCGAGACACCGCGUUCCUCCGCCUCCGCCCCUCGUCCGACCGUAAAGCACUACCUCAGUCCACCCUCACCAAACAUCCCCUACGACGAAGCCGCAUGGGCCAAACACGACUACCUCCUCUACUCCGUCUCAGCCCGCGCCUUGAACCUACACCGAAUGACCCUCGAUAUCGAAGCCCGAUGGCGAGCUGCCGAAGCCGCUACACCCCCCUCAAAACAAUACACCAUCGGUCGCGCAGCACACAUUCCUACAUUAGUAGAAGUACAUCAGUUGUUAGCGCGGAUCAAUACAUUGAAGAGCGAAGAGCGAAGAUGGAGAAAAGACUGGCAUCCGAGGAGUCCGAUGCUAAGGUAUCCCGCUUGGGGGAAUGUGUAUGGCGAGGCUAUGGGUGUUAGUACAGGGGAGGGAGAGGCGCCGUGGGAUGUGGUUCAGAAGCUGGAUGCAAUGGUUGAGGGGUUAAUAGAGAGGGUUAAGGAGAUCUGA